UUUGGCCUGCCCAUCGGGCCGCCUCCCACGUCCUUUAACUCCUCCUCUCCUUCCCAGGAAUCUCAGCCUUCCCCGCUGGCUCUGCUGGCAGCCACCUGCAGCAGGAUCGAGUCUCCCAACGAGAAUUCCAACAGCUCCCAGGGCCAGCAAGGCGGGAGCGGCGAGCUGGACCUCACAGCCGCCGCCGCUCAGAUCGCCCAGUCCGCUAACGGCUGGCAAAUCAUUUCUGCCGGCUCCAGCACGCCCACGGCCUCCAAGGAACAGGGCAGCAACGGCAGCAACGGCGGAGACGCCUCCAAAAGCCGGCCCGUGAGCGCGGGGCAGUACGUGGUCACGACCGCUUCCAACUUGCAGAACCAGCAGGUGCUCACGGGCCUGCCGGGAGUUAUCCCAAAUAUCCAGUACCAGGUCAUUCCCCAAUUCCAAACCAUCGAUGGGCAGCAGCUCCAGUUUGCCACCACCCCAGCCCAAGUCAACGUGCAGCAGGAUGCCUCUGGUCAACUCCAGAUCAUCCCCGGCACGAACCAGCAGAUCAUAACGAGCCGAGCGGGGACGAGUAACCUCAUCGCCAUGCCAAACCUGCUGCAGCAGGCCGUCCCCAUCCAGGGUGUGGGCUUGACCAACAACACCCUCUCAGGGCAAACCCAGUACGUGGCCAACGUCCCCGUGGCUCUGAAUGGCAACAUCACCUUGCUGCCUGUCAACAGCGUGGCCGCCAGCCUGGCUCCCACCUCUCAGACGGUCACGUUGAGCAGCUCUGGCUCUCCGGACAGCAGCUCCCAGCCAGCCACCUCGGGCGCUGCCAUCAGUUCCACCAACACGGCCACGUCUCACGCUAGUUCCGGCGCCUUUUUUACCAACGCCAACAGCUACUCCACCACCACCACCACCAGUAACAUGGGCAUCAUGAAUUUUUCCACCAGCGCGACGGUGGGAACCAACGUCCAGGCGCAGACACCCCAGAGGGUCAGCAGUGUCCAGAGCUCGGACUCUCUGCAGAGCCAAGUUUCUGGGGUGGCUUUGCAGCCGGGCCAGCAGAAAGAGGGGGAUCAGAGUCAGCAAUCACAGCAGCAACAGCAGAUCCUGAUCCAGCCACAGCUAGUCCAAGGAGGGCAGGCGAUCCAAGCCCUCCAGACCACCCCGCUCUCUGGCCAGACCUUUGCCACUCAAGCCAUCUCGCAGGACGCCCUGCAGAACCUGCAGCUCCAAGCUGUCCCCAACUCCGGGCCCAUCAUCAUCCGAACGCCUACGGUGGGUCCCAACGGGCAGGUCAGCUGGCAAACCAUCCAGCUCCAAAACCUGCAGGUUCAAAACCCCCAGGCCCAGACAAUCACCUUGGCCCCCAUGCAGGGAGUGUCGCUGGGGCAGACGGGCAGCACCAGCACCACGCUCACCCCCAUUGCCUCACUCCCCAGUGGCACUGUCACUGUCAACGCUGCCCAGCUCUCCUCCAUGCCCGGCCUCCAGACUAUUAACCUCAGUGCCUUGGGAGCGUCUGGGAUCCAGGUGCAUCAGCUGCAAGGGCUGCCUCUGGCCAUAGCAAACACUGCCGGGCAUUUCUCACCUCGUUUUAGUUUGCUAAAUAAAACGACUAAACCGAAGCGUUUUUCCUCCGAUGAGCAGUUAGAAGACAAGAAACACCUUGUCUUGAGAGAAGUUGCAUGCCAAGACUCAGGCGCUUUGGUCCUUUUUGUGUGAGGCCGGCAAACAAUU